CCCCUCCUCCCUCAGACCCAGGAGUCUCAGCCCCUAGCAGCCCCCUCCUCCCUCAGACCGAGGAGUCUGGGCCUCCAGCCCCUCCUCGCUCAGACCUAAAAGCCCAGGUCCCAGCCCCUCCUCCCUCAGAUUUAGGAGUCCAGGUCCCCAGCCUCUCCUCCCUCAGACCCAGGAAUCCAGGUCCCCAGCCUCCUCCCCUCUCAGAACUAAAUUCUUGGCCCCCAGCCCUUUACGUUUCAGAUCCUAGAGUCUCAGCACCGAGUCCUUCCUCUCCCUAGCCUCAGAAGUCUGAGAUUCCAGCCCCUCCUCCCUCAAGAUUUCACAUUCAGCCCCCUCCGCCCCUUCUCACUCACACCCAGUGUUCCAGUUCCCAGAAGCUCCCCAGGCUCUAGUGCAGGAGGAGGAGGAGCAGGAGGCGGAGAUUCCCAGUUAAAAGUCUCCAAAAUCGAGCUAAAAGCCUCCAGAAUCGUGUACCAGGCAGUGAGAACUGAAGUACCGGGGCCUCCUCCACUGGGUCCGAAUCGGUAGGUGACCCCGGCCCUGGAUUCUGGAAGACCUCACCAUGGGAUGCCCCCGACCUCGUGCAGCCAAGACGUGGAUGUUCCUGCUCUUGCUGGGGGAAGCCUGGGCAGGACACUCCAGGGCACAGGAGAACAAGGUGCUGGGGGGUCAGGAGUGCCGACCCCAUUCGCAGCCUUGGCAGGCAGCCUUGUUCCAGGGCAAGCAACUACUCUGUGGCGGUGUCCUUAUAGGUGGCAACUGGAUCCUUACAGCUGCCCACUGUAAAAAACCGAAAUAUACAGUACGCCUGGGAGACCACAGCCUACAGAAUAAAGACGGCCCAGAGCAAGAAAUACCUGUGGCUCAGUCCAUCCCACACCCCUGCUACAACAGCAGCGAUGUGGAGGACCACAACCAUGACCUGAUGCUUCUUCAGCUGCGUGAGCAGGCAUCCCUGGGGCCCAAAGUGAAGCCCAUCAGCCUGGCAGAUCAUUGCACCCAGCCUGGCCAGAUGUGCAUCAUCUCGGGCUGGGGCACUGUCACCAGUCCCCGAGAGAAUUUUCCUGACACUCUCAACUGUGCAGAAGUAAAAAUCUUUCCCCAGAAGAAGUGUGAGGAUGCCUACCCAGGGCAGAUCACAGACGGCAUGGUCUGUGCAGGCAGCAGCAAAGGGGCUGACACGUGCCAGGGCGAUUCUGGAGGCCCCCUGGUGUGUAAUGGUGCACUCCAGGGCAUCACAUCCUGGGGCUCAGACCCCUGUGGGAGGUCCGACAGACCUGGUGUCUAUACCAACAUCUGCCGCUACCUGGACUGGAUCAAGAAGACCAUAGGCAGCAAGGGCUGAUUCUAGGAUAAGCACUAGAUCUCCCUUAAUAAAACCAGCCAUCUCUGGUUC